GUUUAUGCUUGUGUGGGAGGGCAGAAGCUCGCGGCCGGUUAGCUCCAGGUUUGGAUUGCCAUUGGGGGUCGAGAAUGCGGCCGGCGGGAUAAGAUUUUAGCUCCUGGCGAUGGAGUCGGCAUUGAAUCCUGGCGCACGGAAUUCUCUCUUCUCUGGAGUGGGGAUUUCGAAUUCGCUCGAAGUGCCGGUAGUUCUAGGCGUAGAUUUAGGUAGCUCGUCGAGGUUGUUUUCGAGGACACAGAGGAAGCGAUUGCUGAGACGAUGUAGGAGGCAUUUUUGCGUCAGGCAGAGUGAGAAUGGCGGGGGGGUUUCUUGUGGGAUGGGGUUGGAGAUCGGUGAUUUUUCCCAUGCCGAUGCCGAGAGGGGAUCCAGAGUCAUCGAUGUGAAUCAAGCGUGGGAGCUCUUGAGGCACGACGUGGAGUUUUUGGAUUUGAGAGCUCGGCAGGAUGUUUUGGCAAUCAAAGACGCUCAUGACAAGGUUGUGGAGGUGCUAAAUCCUCUCGCUCGAGAAACCAAGUCCAUCAACACGCUCAAACGUGAGCUAGCUAACUUACAAGAAGAUUUGCAAAGAGCCCAUGCACAGGUGCACAUUUCAGAAGCUAGAGUAAAUCACACGAUCUCGAAGUUGGCAGAGAUGGAAACCAUGGUAAACGACGAGCUCCUGCAGAAAGAUGAAGAAGCAGUGACCGUAAGGAAGAAUGCCACCAGCAGCAAAUCUAAAGGACUAAACAUCGCAGGGCCCGUGAAGCGAUAUCCAGCCGAGAUGAAAAAUUAUUGGUAUCCGGUUGCUUUUUCGGCUUGCCUCGACUCUGAAAAACCUCUGGCAAUUGAGAUCUUUGAAAAGAAUUGGGUGCUUUUCCGGGGCAAGGAUGGCCGGGCUGGAUGCAUCCAUGAUGCUUGCGCACAUCGAGCUUGUCCACUUUCUCUCGGCAAAGUCAACGAUGGCUGUUUGCAAUGUCCAUAUCACGGAUGGGAGUAUGCAACAAGUGGCUCCUGCGAGAAAAUGCCGUCUACGAGAUUUGUCCCGACGAAAGUGAAAUCAAUGCCGUGCAUAGAAAAGGAUGGACUGGUUUGGAUUUGGCCGGGCUCGGCAACGCCAGAGAGCGACAUUCCGAGCUUGCUACCUCCAGAUAACUUCACACUGCAUGCCGAGAUUAUUCUUGACUUGGAAGUGGAGCAUGGUCUUUUGAUGGAAAACUUGCUCGACCUGGCCCACGCUCCGUUCACGCACACUACAACGUUCGCCAAAGGCUGGUCUGUCCCAAGCUCCGUGAAGUUCCAAACACCUGUAGAGACUCUACGUGGCUACUGGGAUCCAUAUCCCAUUGAUAUGGAGUUUAGGCGACCGUGCAUGGUUCUCUCGACGAUCGGCCUCGCAAAGCCAGGCAAACUAGAGGGCAGUGACACUCAGUCGUGCAAAAACCAUCUCCACCAAUUGCACGUCUGCAUACCCUCGACGCGAGGUAAGACGAGGCUGCUCUACAGGAUGUCUUUGGACUUCGCUCCCUGGCUGAAGUACGUCCCGUUCAUCCAAACUCUUUGGGUGCAUUUAGCACGAAAGGUUCUAGACGAAGAUCUAAGACUGGUCGAAGGGCAACAAGAGCGAAUGGUUCGUGGAGCAAACGUAUGGAACCUCCCAGUUCCAUAUGACAAGCUAGGCGUACGGUACCGCAAAUGGAGAGUCUCUUGCGAGCACGAUCACGCCGAUCACCACCAACACCAAGCGGAGGAAGAUUUUACUCCCAGUUCCUCGGAGCCAUCGUGAUGGUUCUUCCAUUCACAAACUCGAAAAACAAACUGUAAAUGAAGUAAAAAUUUCAUUAGUUACACUCGAGAUUUACAGCAGCGGA